AUGUCUGAUGCCAGUGGCAGCCCAUGGGCAGAGGACGCGGGGCCGUGUGUCAGGGUCCCCUCGCGCACCCCAAGCCGGGGCAGCCAGCGUGUCGAGUGCAUCAUCUGCUACUCCUCCUAUGACCUGGGCGUGCGGCUGCCGCGCCGGCUCUACUGCGGCCAUACCUUCUGCCAGGCCUGCCUGAAGCGCCUGGACGCUGUGGCCAACGAGCAGCGCUGGAUCCCCUGCCCGCAGUGCCGCCAAAACACGCCCACACCACGUGGCGGCGUUGCCAUGCUCGACCUCGACCUCGCCACCUUCCUCGCCGUCAAGGCCGACAAGGAGCAUCCCCAGGUGCCCGGCAGGUCCCAUCCCGACCCGGCCACCAAGGGCUCGUGCAAGGAGAAGGUGGUGACGCAGCAGCCAGCGGGGCUGUGCCAAGACGCGGUGCCUCCGGCGCUGUUUCCCCGGCGGGGCUGCUGCCGGCCGUGCUCAUGCUGUGGGGUGACGGCCGCCUUCGAGAGCUGAGCAUGAGCAGGGAGCUGCUGAGUGCAGUCUGGGACCAUUGCUGGGGACCCUCUUGGCCAUGUGUGGACAGGAGCAGCCUGGGAAGGGCUUCAGCUUGCUUAGGGCUCACUGCCCAUCCUGCCAGUGUCCGUCCUGCUGGGAUUUGGGGUGCAGCAGGGUGGAUGAUGAGGAUGCCUUCACCCUCUCGUCCUGCUCACCUGCUCCUCUGGCAACUCAGAAGCCUGACCCAGCCAUCACAGACGGCCCCUGGUCCCUGGCCAGGGCCUUGCUCAUCCAUGGCUUCUCUAUGCAUGUAGCUCUUCAACAGGGACAU